CCCUUAUCAAGCCGACCGAAGAUGGCUGGUUGCUCCUGCAGUACAGCUGUUGACCGACCCCUCUCCUCCUCGGCAGUCAGUCUGUGCCGGUGUGCGGGUCAGUGAAGUGCUUCCUCCUCGAAGGUAGUCCUGCAAUCUUUGUCAGUCAUGGUCGCUGUAAGUCAAGAACGGAUAAGUCAGAACAACGAAGAGGUUGGGAUUAGUUCCUGGGGAGCGUUUUAUCAAACGGAAGGGAACAGGUGGGACACCCCGGGACAGCUGGCGCAGACCGCAGUACCGAGAACUCAGGUAGGGAAGACACAGGUAGAAGAUGGGGCGCCUCCAAGUCAGGUAGUGGGUGAGUCAGAGGACCGUUCCGAGGACAGUGGUGUAUGCUCCCCAUGCAGCUAUACAAGCUCACCUUCCAGGCCUAGGUACUGCAACCCACAACUGAGCUACAUGGACAGAGUUGUCAUGGAGGUGCUAGAGACUGAAGCAGUAUACGUCAACGAUCUCAAACAAGUGAUACAUGGAUACUUAGAACAAUUAUCAAACAGUGAAGAUAGCCCCGUAUCGGAGGAUCAAUUAGAGGAUUUAUUUGGAAAUUUGAGGCAAAUUUAUUCAUUCAACAGUACCUUCCUCAAAGAGCUCCAGGAAUGUGGACUUGAUCCGGUGAGGAUAGCAAGGGUGUUUGUCAAGAACAACUCCGGCUUUUCAGUAUACACCGAUUACUGCACUAACUACCCAAGGGCAGUAGAAGUGCUGACGAGGUUGAUGUGCCAGGAGAGGGUCGUGCAGGUGUUCAGGCAGAGGCAGGCAGCUCUGGAGCACACUCUUCCGCUCGGCUCUUACCUACUCAAGCCAAACAUGGUGAAGAAUUGCAUCGGAGAUAGUGAAGGUUACGGAGAUAUAGUUGAUGCAUUGUCAACAAUGACAGGCAUAGCGCACCAUAUCAACGACAUGAAGAGGAAACAUGAGCACGCUGUGCGUGUACAAGAAAUACAGAGUCUUCUCCUUGGUUGGCAGGGUGAGGAUUUAACAAGGUAUGGUGAGCUGUGCGCUGAAGGUACCUUCAGGAUGUCAGGGGCUAAAGCGUUAAGGCAUGCUUUCCUUUUUGACAACAUGCUUUUAAUCACAAAGAAGAAGGAGGAAGGCAUUCUUCAAUACAAAGCCCACAUAAUGUGUUCAAAUCUGAUGCUGAUAGAAAGCAUCCCUGGAGAACCUUUUUGUUUCCAUGUCAUACCUUUUAAUAAUCCAAGGCAUCAACAUACAUUACAGAAGCGGGAGUGGACUCUACAGUUAAAGAGAGUAAUACUGGAGAACUACAAUGCUGUGAUACCUAGUCAUGCAAGACAGCUCGUAAUGGAGCUUGGCCAGAACAGAACUGACGAUGUGCCAUCUCUGGAAAAGAAUACACCGAAGAGGAUCCACUCCAUUCCAGAGUACCUAGAACGACGGAAGCAGGAACGAAGGAAGAAUUCUGAACAACCAUUUGGUUCCCAUCUAUUUCGUGGUCAGGUUAGGCAGCGGAGAGAAAAUAAAACGCAAUCAGAGGGUAGCCAAAUAGCGACCACCGAAAAUAAAGUGGAUACGGGUGGAUCCGAAGCUGAAGAAGUUUGCUACCCUGCUGAAAAUCAAAGUCAGGUAGAACACACUGAACCUGACCCUGGAGGCUGUACGGAAACCCAAACAGAAAAUGAUCAACCGAAAGAAGAAAGAAAGAAGAGCUUGGAGGAGAUAGUGAGUCAACUUCUCAUGCAGAAUAAAGAGUUUCAAAGAGUAUUACAAAAACAGCGCCAUAUUACUAGCAGGCGAGCUAGGGUAGAGACUAGUGAUGAAGAAGAUGAGGGGCUGUCAAGGUCUUCAGGAAGCCUUCAGAGAGUGGAAGGGGACUAUGACAAUUUGUGGCAGCUCAAGCGAACACGCUCGUUUGUUAACCAACCUCAGAGUUCCCCUGAAUUAUCACUUUCUGGUAGUCAGAUAUCAGUGGAUGGACCAACAUCACCAGCAGUCUGGCUCAAGCAACAGCGUCAACACCUUGCAUCUACCCCUACAUCAACAAAGGCUGGAUCUCUUCCGAGAGGUUUUCAAUUGGGCACUCCUGAUUGGCACAAAGCCAGAAUAUCACCAGAUAGGCCAUUUACAAUAGCUUCUGAUAAAGCUCAGGAAUUGAAUCUUGAGGAUAUGGAACGCUACGUAGAAAGCCAGCAUUCUAUUGCCCGACACAGGUUCCCAUUGCCUGAUGAUACAGAGGACGAUAGCACACCUGAUACCAGCACCCAUGAUCUAUUGCACCCAGAGCAUAAGAUCUACAAGACCAGUCUUACAAAAGCUACCAUAAAACAAGUCAUAUCAACAGUUAGUAACAAAUUAGCAAGCUUACGUCUUAGCUCAGAGACCCUAGAUCAAAUAGAGACUGAGCACCGUGCUAGUAAGAUCAGGCAAGCGUUCACCAAAACAUUUAGGCAGAAAAAGCAAGAAGAAAGAGGUCUGCCAACUUAUAAGCAGGGUAGUUCAGCCCUCGGAGCUAGAAUAGCACACGGUUCUGAAACAUCAGAUUAUGCUGACCCUAGAACGCUCUUCCCCAACAUCACUAGUUCCAAGAAGGCAGCCUCCCUCCUAGGCAUAAGGCCCUAUUCUGUUUUCUCUCUAGCUUCAGAACUGGAGACUCCCAAAUCAGCAAGUAACAAGCAGAAUGAGGAAGAAAGUAACUGUUCUAGAUUGAAGCAAGAUGAGACAGUCGAGAGUGAUGGGUCAGCUGACAGCUAUUAUGAAAGAUCCUUUGAAGCCAUUGAGUCGACAAUGCUCGGGGAUGUUUGUAGAGAUUCAGCAAUUUUUAGUGAUCCUGAAGAAGUCCUGGAGCAAUAUAUUCCAAAAAGCCUUAGCAACAAAAAGAUUCCACCACCUGUACCUGACAAACCACCCAAUCUAAGGGCAUCAUACUUUCAGAUGAGCUGUACAAAGUCUCUUCCCCAAAUUAGUUCAACGAGGGAAAGUGAUGUAGAGUCGAAAUUGGAUGAUGAUUAUGAUUCUUGUUCAAUCGCUUCAACUGUCAUAGAAAAUACCAGUUUGUCGAAAGGUUGGGUUAGACAUGUCAUCUGUAAAAUACAAGGAGAACAGUCUUCAUUUUGAUGUCUUCCAACUUAGACAAUAUGUUUCGAUAAAUCAUUAUGUAUAACUAUGUAUUAUAAUAAUGUAUAUAAUUACCAUUAUCUAUAUCAUUAAUUGUAAUUUAUCAGGGACAAGACAAUAUUUAAUAUUAUUUAUGAUAUUUAGUUAUUUAUAGACAUUCGUAUUUCCUUGUUUCAAUAUUUUUUCAUUUUUAUAUGUACAUAUUACUUCAUUGUAAAUUUAUUGUCUUUGAGAGUGAGUAGUAGAUUCCUUUUUCAAGUGCAAAUAAAUUGUUAAACAAUUAACUGUAUUUUAUUAUCAUACACAAGCCUAUAUCACUAACCUAUAUAAAUUAUUUACCAUGAAUUUAAUAAUAUGUAAAAUUGAUGAAGACAUUUCAGUCUGUAUUAUGUAGUAAAGCAAAUAUAUUUUUUGUAUUACCUUACAUAUCUGUAUACCAGAGUAAUCUAUUGCACACCCCAAUUUGAUUAUUUUGAUUUUAUUAUCGUAUUUGCAAUAUUCUCGCAAUAUUUCCAGGAGUAGCAUAUCGUAAAUAAGUUAUGAUGUAAUAAAAAGUAGAGCAGUUCAAAUAUAAAGAUUAACCACCAUCCGUAACAAACGAUACAAUUAGAUCUGAAACUUUGCUCUCUGUUCAAACUUUUGAAAAGGUUGCUUACAAUAGCUUAUCUCUGAGGUACAGAUAUAUGAAUUGAAAUAGUUUACUUCAACAACUUAUUCAGUUAAUAAUUGGAGUGAGAAAUACUUUAUUUCUCGUUAAAUACAUCAGUGAUAGUUACUUGACUAAUAAUCACAGGUUAUAGAUAAAUAUAACUUUUUUUCUUCUUAA